CAUUUUGAUUAUCACUGUCUGUGUCAACAUUUCUUGGGUUAUUGUAAGUUGAAGUAGCUGAAACUUUUCUAGGUUGGCUGAGAGAUAGUUGUUCUUGUACCAGGAUAGAGCUUGCUCACCUUGGGUCUUGAUACUUUGCGCGACUACAUCAUGCUUCUUCCCCAAAACAUACAUCUGAUGGUCUUCAGUGUACAUACUUAGAUUAGCAUUAUUUAUAUGGAAUGACAUGUCAUUUUGGAACAAAUUCCACAGAAGGGGACUGGAAGACGAUCCCUGUGGACAGCCAAGUACCAUCCUUUUCCAGUCGCUUGUCGCGUCUUUUAUUUUCACUCUAUUAAGCCUAUUAUUGAAGUUAAAAAGUUUACAAGUCUUUUCAAUUUUUAAGGAAAAAAGUUAAGUGGCAAUUUUUUAGCAUGAUGUUUAAUACCCGUUGAUAAUAAAUUUAUUUUGAUUGUUGAUUAACAUCAAUCAUUGUCAUUAAAUGUGACUUCCUCCAGGAAAACAUUCACUAACACUAAUAGCUAAUGAAUGGCAUGUUAACCAUUUUUAAAGGGUUUCAAAGGUUUGAUUCAUGCUUUGAAUGGGUUAGUGAAAAUUUCUAAUGGCUUUGGAAAGUGCUGGAACAGAUUACUAUAACUUUUGGAAUAGUUUGCUUAACAGGUUAACUAAACCACAUUUAAACUGCUUGCGUGAUCAAAGUUUUGAAGAAUUGUUGGUUGAUUUUUUUCUUGCUAUAAAUUUUCCUUAUUUGUCCAUCACACAUGUGUUAUAUUUGAAAUAGUCACAGAAAUUGCCUUUCAAUCUUAAGGUGAUGAACACCACAAACUCCUUGCAGGUGACCACUUCAGAGGUAGGUUGCACCCUCUUGGGGCUUAUGGUAAUUUUUGUAGCUUUUUGGGGUAACAUUUUUGUCUUCUUUUGUAUUAAAGUUCUUGAGGGUAAACCACAAAAAUACAACAUUUUUACCUCUUGUUGUGGCUUAGGUGUUUUGUGGCACGACAACUUCUUGCAUCACUUCUUGCAUGUGCACUAUUUUGGGCUGUAUUGUACCACAUGGCCGUACUUUGAUGCUUUGAAGGCUUUGGAUGCAAAAUUCAAAUGA